AUGCCAGAAGGGCAGCUCUUUGGCACAGGAGAUGGGCCUGUCUGGAACGGCACAUUUGGCUGUGAGAGGAACGAAUCUCGCCUGAGGGACUGUCCUGUUACUGCGCUGGGCACAACUGAGUGUCCCCUUGGGAGCGAAGCCAGCGUGGUGUGUUCAGGACGCUUUGAGCCCCAGCUGAUUGGAGGGAACACUGCCUGCUCAGGACGUGUUGAAAUAAGACACGGAGACACAUGGACCACAGUCUGUGAUUCACACUUGGACCUCCAAGCUGCCAGUGUUAUCUGUAAUGAAUUAGACUGUGGAACAGUUGUAUCCACCCCAGGAGGAGCGCACUUCAGUGAAGGAUAUGGGUCAAUCUGGUCUGAGAAGAUCCAUUGCAUGGGGAAUGAAACACGCCUUGUGUAUUGUCCCAGAGCACUGCAUCCUAAUGAGACAUGUUCACAUGCGAGUGAUGCCAGCAUUGUAUGCUCGGGGUACGCCGGGUACCGGCUGGCAAACGGCAGCACAAGGUGUUCGGGGAGAGUGGAGCUUCGCCAUGGAGGCACCUGGGGAACCCUCUGUGACUCACACUGGGAUUUGCAGGCUGCCCACACCCUCUGCCAGCAGUUUGACUGUGGAUUCGCCAUGUCAGUGCCAGCAGGGCAGCUCUUUGGCACAGGAGAUGGGCCUGUCUGGAACGGCACAUUUGGCUGUGAGAGGAACGAAUCUCGCCUGAGGGACUGUCUUGUUACUGCACUGGGCACAACUGAAUGUCCCCCUGGGAGCGAAGCCAACGUGGUGUGUUCAGGGUGCCCGGGCGGCAGGUUAGUGAACGGCACCGAGUGCUCCGGGAGAGUGGAGAUCCGACAUGGAGUCACAUGGGGAAGCCUCUGUGCGUCCUACUGGGAUUUGCAAGAUGCCAGCGUCCUCUGCCAUCAGCUGAACUGUGGAUAUGCCGAGUCGAUCCAGGGAGGAGCCCAUUUCGGGGAAGGGAGCGGAACUGUAUGGAACGACGCUUUUCAUUGUGAAGGGACUGAAUCCUGCCUGUGGGAUUGUUCUCGCAUGGCCCUGGGCAACCCAGCCUGCUCCCCCAGAGACACAGCCAGGGUUAUUUGCUCAGGUCGUUCUGAGUCGCUCAGGCUGUUGAAUGGAGAGAGCCAGUGUGAUGGCAGAGUCGAGAUUUCCCUCCAUGGUGUAUGGAGCAGGGUGUUGGAUGAUCAGUGGGACAUGAACGAUGCCAGCGUGGUGUGUAGGCAGCUCCAGUGCGGAGUCACUGAGAAAGCUUAUAACCCUCCUAAGUCUGAGCGAGGAACGGGCCCUGUGGGGCUGAGAAGGGUCCAGUGUGCAGGAAAUGAGACUCGUCUGACUCUCUGUGACAACUCCACAUCUGAGACAGCCCAGGCAGGAAUUGCUGAGGACGUCGGUGUCGUUUGUUCAGGAAGCAGGUGGAUCAGACUGGUGAAUGGGGCAGGUCGCUGCGCCGGGAGAGUGGAGAUUUAUUACCAUGGCAGCUGGGGGACAGUCUGUGAUGAUUUCUGGGAUCUAUCGGACUCCAAUGUCGUUUGCAAACAACUGGGAUGUGGACGUGCCAUCAAUGCAACUGUUUCUGCUCAUUAUGGGCAAGGAUCAGGGCAGAUCUGGCUGGAUGAUGUGAACUGCUCUGGGAAGGAAUCUGAUCUCUGGGCAUGUCCUUCCAGGGGCUGGGGCCAGCACAACUGCAGACACAAAGAGGAUGUGGGAGUUCUCUGCUCAGAAUUCACAGAUCUGAGGCUGGUGAGCGACAGUGACUGUGCUGGGCGGCUGGAGGUUUUCUACAAUGGGACGUGGGGCAGCGUUUGCUCCAAUCAGAUGUCUGGAGUCACCCCAACAAUUGUCUGCAAACAGCUGAACUGUGGGGAUGAAGGGCAGAUUGCAAGCGACUUUGAAUAUGGAGCAGGUUCUGGUCCCACGUGGCUGGACUAUGUUGCAUGCAGUGAGCAGCACAGCUCCCUCUGGCAAUGCCCAUCAGGCCAGUGGAAACAGCAGUCCUGUGAUAACCGUGCAGAAGAGACCCAUAUUUCUUGCAACCAGGAGAAGUUACGUGUCGUGGGAGGAGAGGACGGAUGCUCGGGGAGAGUGGAGGUUUGGUACCGUGGCUCCUGGGGAACAGUUUGUGAUGACUCUUGGGACAUGGUAGAUGCUAACGUUGUGUGUAAACAACUGGGCUGUGGAUCUGCUGUAUCUGCCCCGGGCAAGGCUGCAUUUGGCGAGGGGACUGGUCCCAUCUGGAUGGAGAUGUUGAACUGCAGAGGGACAGAGUCAUCUCUCUGGGACUGUCCUGCCAAGCCCUGGGGUGAUAAUAACUGUGGCCAUAAGGAAGAUGCUGCUGUAAAUUGCUCAGCUCUCCCGCGCCGCCCUCUGACUGACAGUGGGAGAGUCACGGUGCCCAUGAUCGUCUGCAUUAUCCUGGGGGCCCUGCUCUGCCUGGUCUUAAUCAUCCUGGGGGCACAAGUGCAAAGUGCCAGGGCACAGCGCAGAGGCUCCAGAAGAUCCCUGGACCCUUUCUCUGAGGCCGUGUACGAGGAGAUUGAUUAUAACCUGAUAAGAAAGAAGCAGAUGUUCGGUAGCUCAGUCUCCUUUUCAGAUGAUUCAGUGGCGAAGCUGCAGUAUUACACCGGGGAUAGUGAGGGGGAAAAUGAUCCUGCAUCAGAACAAGGUAACAAGGAAGGAGGGUGA